AUGGGAAACAAAACGUCAUGCUGCUCGUACUCGAGCCCACCGCCGGAGCGGAGGAAAGUGAAGGAGGCGCCCGUGUUCGAGGAGCACCUGCCGGAAGGCGAACUAUCCACCAACAACCUGCAGCACAUUUCCGAGCGCGAAGGUGACGACGGGGAGCACGAUCCGUCCGUUGAUCCGUCCGCCGGCACGAUGUUUCUCGAGCGCUCGAAGCAGAGCCUCGAGAACGGGAUGACGCGCAAAAAGUCGCAGCAUCAAAUAGCACCGCAAGGUGGUGGCCCCGGGAGUGGUGGGGCCGGUGCUGGCGGUGGUGGCGGUGGUGGCGGUGGUGCUGGUGGCGGCGGCGGCGGCGGAGGCGGCGGCGUGAUGAAGAAGAGCAGCAGCUGUUCGACCAUCUACCUUGACGACAGUACCGUCUCGCAGCCGAACCUCAAAAACACGGUCAAAUGUGUGUCGCUGGCCAUCUACUAUCACAUCAAGAACCGCACCAGCGAGCGGCGGAUAGACAUCUUCGACGAGAAGCUACACCCGCUCACCCGGGACCCGGUGCCGGAUGACUACGACCGGCACAACCCGGAGCACCGGCAGAUCUACAAGUUCGUCCGGACGCUGUUCAACGCCGCCCAGCUGACGGCCGAGUGUGCCAUCAUCACGCUCGUCUACCUCGAGCGGUUGCUCACGUACGCCGAGCUGGACAUUGCGUCGUGCAACUGGAAGCGGAUAGUGCUUGGCGCCAUCCUGCUGGCCAGCAAGGUGUGGGACGACCAGGCGGUGUGGAACGUCGACUACUGCCAGAUCCUGAAGGACAUCACCGUGGAGGACAUGAACGAGCUCGAGCGCCAGUUCCUGGAGCUGCUGCAGUUCAACAUCAACGUGCCGUCGUCGGUGUACGCCAAGUACUACUUCGACCUGCGGACGCUGGCCGAGGCGAACGAUCUGUCCUUCCCGACCGAGCCGCUCUCGAAGGAGCGCGCCCAAAAGCUCGAAGCAAUGUCGCGCGUCAUGCAGGACAAGGCGACGGCGGAAGCGCUGAAGAACGGGAUGAAGAAGUGGUCCUCGAUCGACAACAUCCACCAGCAGGGCGGUGUCCGGCGUAGCGUUGCCAUUCUGUCGUGA